ACACUGCAGGGCCCAAUCAUUGUCAAAAGCGGAAAAAAGAGGAUUUUCAAGAAAAAGUCGAAUAGACUCACCUACGAGCAUAAGAAGAAGAGGAAAUCGAAUUAUGUAUGAUGAGCAUGAGUCGAGUCACAAAAAAGGGCUAUGAUGAGCCUUUUUAGAGUGAAUUUCACGGUUAUGAUGAGCUUUUUUCUCCUAUUUACAAGAUCGAAUUCAAGUUUUUUCUUACCGAUUGUCUUAUUAUUUUUCCUUUUUUCUAGCUUCUUGCUUGCUACCUUCUACUCUCUCUGUUUUCUACUGGGCUCUCUUGAGUUCUGUUGGGGCUUUCUUGAAAGGCUAGCUUUAUCUAUGGGUGGUAAGGCUCUUUCCUUUUUUCUCAGAGGAUUGGGCUGCUCCGGAGCGCUGUCCUUGGCGAUUGCAUGGUUUCUUCAAUUCUGCAUUUCUUAAUCCUCAAACAUGAUGUCUCCUUUGGGGGCCUCUGGCUCAGGAUCAUGUGAGGGCGCUGGAGGAAGUCGCUUCCGUUGGGCUUCGAAAUUAGCAGAUGUAUUUGGAAGUAGUUCCCCUGCUAAUUCUGAAGCCGGUCUCAACCAACCGGCCCCGGACUCUCCCAACCCUGGUGAACCCGCAGCCCCUCCUAUUGCGGAGCCUUAUCAUCCCUUACAGGAGGAUGGAGAGAGGCUAAGGGAGCUCGCGGGGAGCCUUACGAUAAAUACUAUCGGGUGUCCCUUGCCCGAGGCUAUUUCUGAGGCAGUUCUUAAGGCCCAAUUCCAAACGGAAUUGAAAAUCGAGGAAGCCCUUCGUUCGGACAGAGUGCAAGACACGUCUCUUUUUGAGAAAAGGCACCUGAUUCGGGGGGAGGUCUUCUAUUUCAAAGGGAAGCCCUUAUCCUUGGAAACCUACUUGGACCACCUAUCUCAGAUAGAGAACUCUGGGACCCAUCGCAGCCUGCCUUAUAAAAGGGUUUUGCAAGCGAUUGCUCGACAGCACUUAGAUCUGGUCUUUGAAGGAAUGAAAAAAAGGAGAGACUGGUAGAGCUCCUCUUUGUUGGCGGCAUUCUCUCUUUUAUCUAUCAACCAUUUCAUUAUGGAACUUUCUCCCCGAGCUGCGGAACUAACAAGUCCAUUAGAAAGUCAAAUUAGCCACUUUUACAUGAAUUUUCAAGUGGAUGAAAUCGGUUGAGUGGUCUCAGUUGGGGAUGGGAUUGCACGU